GUGCCGCAGAUUAUUCUUCACAUUAGUCAACGCCACGCGCUGGUUAUGACAUGGGUAGUGAAUUUUCGAAGUUAGUUCCGCAAUAGUGAUUCUACUAGUACCGUGGAGCGAAGAGAUUUCAGUCUCAAAGGGUUGCAAGAUUAUCAUAGAAUGAAAUUGAUCGACCGUCAGCUUGUGCUACCUGUUGUCAUAAGCUUAUCGCUGACAGGUGUUGGUGCUGCUCUGCUGUAUUAUUUAUAUAAUAAGGAUGGCGGUAGCAAAAAGACCACUACUCGUGUGCCAAGUUCCCAGCAGCAUGAAAUUCAGGUCCGUGUUCCACGAAAAUUUGUGCCAGCCAUAAUAGGACGUUCAGGAAAAACCAUUGAUGAUAUUCAGGAGAAAACAGCAACUAAAAUAACUUUUUCUGCUGAGGAGACAGAUGAUUCGACUAGAAUCUGUCAUAUUCGUGGUAAAGAGCAAUGCACUCAUCUGGCUCAACUGAUGAUUGAGAACAUCAUUACUAAUCAACCAAUCAUCGAAACCUAUGAGACAUAUGUCCCACAGGAUGCAUGUGGGAGGAUCAUCGGAAGAGGAGGCGAUGUUAUACGCAACAUCCAGGCAAUAUCUAGCGCAAAAGUCAUUGUCGAGUCUUCCAAGAGCUGUAUGAAUCCUGAUGCAAAAACCAGGGUGAUUAUAAAGGGAACCGCAGAACAUAUAGCCGCCGCUCUUGCAAUGAUUGAAGAAAAGGUACUGGAGCAAAACAAUAUUCGCAAACAAUUAGACAUCAGCUCAUCCUCUAGGUUACCCCGAGGUCAAGUUUCCCCACGAAUCAAUACAACAGUUCACACCUCAGAUAAUCAAUCUGAGUCCAAGGAUGUUUCUACCGCAACAGAAGGCUUAGUGGAAGUAUUUGUUAGUGCUGUGGAUAGCCCGAGUCAAUUUUGGGUGCAAGUGGUCGGGUCUGGUUCAAUGGCACUAGAUAAACUGGUGGACGAAAUGACCGCGUACUACAACGACGACGCAAACACAGAAUUACAUACCCUCAAGAACGCAAGUAUCGGACAAAUGGUAGCGGCGAAAUUCAGUGUGGAUGAGAAAUGGUACCGAGCAGAAGUAGUUAGUGAACUAGGAAAUGGGCAAUAUGAGGUGUAUUUUGUUGAUUAUGGUGAUAAUCAGGCCGUAGCUCUACAUGAUCUUAUGGAACUUCGAACAGAUUUCUUGAGCUUGCGGUUGCAGGCCAUUGAGUGCUCCCUUGCCAACGUCAAACCGAGAGAUGGCGAAUGGUGUCUGCAAGCUUGUGACAAAUUUGCUGAACUCAGUUGGGUCGCUCAGUGGAAAUCCUUGACUGCUAAAGUCCGCGGAUACAAAGAACGUAGUUUGGCCAGAGGAGGAUCCCGUCGAGAAGGGUCCCCCAUUCCUUGCAUUGAUUUAUACGAUAAGACUGAGCACAGGGAUAUCAACAUAGGCAAGGAGUUGGUAGCUGCAGCCAUUGCCGAGGAAGAGGAAAGUUCCUGGUCUGCAGCGAGUUCAACACUUUCCUUAACACAGCGUAGUUCCCGCGAGUCUCCUAUUUCAAAACUCUCGGUAGUCUCACGUCACGUCUCUCUACCCAAAGAUGUAGCUACUCUUUCCACAGAAGCUGAUCUGGUCAAACCAAAGAAAAUGGAGAUGGUUGACACGGUUACUCCUGUCAGGAUAACUCCACCUCUCCAGAAAGAACAAAGAAAUGGCAGCGGGGACCACUUCCAAAAUGGCAGCAACACUAUUAACAACAUCAGUGACGCUGACAAAGAAGGGCCAUCACGCAGAAGUAUACAACCCGCUGGCUACGAAAGUGAUUUUACAGAUGAUUCCGACAGUCUGGAGCUACAAUAAACGACUGUCGAAUUAUCGAAACUAGCUCGCAUCGUCAUCAUAUCGGUCACCGUAACAAAGGUUGACCACUCACAUCGAAAUCAGUUUUAACAGUCCAUAUGAUCCAUCUUCUGUAGGAAGUAUGAUCUCACUAACUUAUUUCAUAGCGUUGCCCACGUACUUUCCCAGAGGUAUCCGAAAUAUCUUGUCUAGCUAGCAUACGUACGUUUAGCAAGUAUAGGUGAAGGGGCUUAUUAUCCGAUCUAUCCUGUCUCUGGGGUUAAUUUAGUUGAUCCUUGAGUAUCGGUCGAAACAGCGUUUGAGCCUUUUUGACUCGAUGUAAGUAUAUUGGGUUGUGAAUCGAUUAUUUUACAUUAGGGCUGCUUCCAUUUUUUUAAACUGUCUCCCGAGAGCUUAGGCUAGUUUACCUUCAUAACGAUGGCUCACAUACUUAUAAUUAUUUAUUAAGAUUAAAUUUUGGGGUAAUUCGAGCUAGCAAACUUGAUUUGAACUCACUCCUUAGUCACAUUCUGGAAAAUUCAAUAUUCGUCAUUGCCGGCCGUUAAUAUUUACUGACUAGUAGAUGCAAGUAUCUAUUGUUUGUAAGAAUCUAACAAUCGUGGCACAGGCUUGAUCUGCUCCUCUUCUAUUGGUUUUAUUGUUUCCGAAUUAAAGAAUUUUCGAAAUCAACCACAAAAGAAUUGCUACAAAUGAUCAUGUGGGAAUUAGGAAUGUGGUUGUGAAGGUAUUUGAAUGUAACGGACUCUCAAUCACUUUGAAUUCUCUUUCAAUUAUGAUGUAUGUAACUUUGCAGAGAGGAGAUCUUUUCAGGGACGCUGUUUAGUGUCGUAUUCGCGCUCGUGAUUGAGUUUUGUUCCGAAUCACGAAACGGUGUCGAUCGCACUUGGGAUAUACGUCGAAUCUCGAAUUAUAUUUUAAUACCUAAAUGUGCCUUAAGCCCGGCUUCGUGGGAUAGCGGGCCGAGUGCUUCGCUGACAAUAUGCAAAUCGCUUGAUUAUGCCUAGAAACUUAUGUAUUCUCGAUACGGAGAAGAACGUAGUGCAAAUAUAUGUAGGUCUUAUAUGUAUUUUUAUAAAAAAAUGAGAUAUUUUGUUUUCACAGUAAUGUUAUUAAUAUUUAAUUAUGAUUUCUGUUAUCAAAUGUUUAUCAUUGUUGACAAAUGACAUUAUAUCGAUAGCGUAUCGACGAAGUUUAUAUGAAUAAACAUAUCACAAUAUGUAUUAAUCAAAUUAGAAUAAUUAAAACCUUGUAAAGUCUCUCAAAGGCAAUUUCAGUUCCAGGCAAACUUUAAUCACGAUAUUUUGUAAUUCGUGGAAUUCCAAACAUAAGUUUUGUCAAGCACUAACUUUGAAGAGGCAUGAGUGAGCUCUCUAAAAAAAUUCUUGAUAAUAUCCUGUUCUCUCUAGUAAUAGUAAAUUCGAGAAAUCAUUAGGUUUGUCCGGAUAUCCGUUUACAACACGUCAGGUAAAAUCUAUAAUCUCACUCAUUUAACUAUCAAAAUUUGAAGUUGUUUCUUAGCCAAUCAAUAAGAUGAUGAUUUUUACCAA